AUGCGACCAAGUGCAGCGCCCGUCUACGAGAAAGUCGACCAGACCGACGCCGACCGCGAUCAGGUUACAUACGCGGACGACGACGACGACGACAACGACCUCCGGAAAUCCGAAGAUGCGCUCGACCGUGACCAUGCAACGCUAGAAGCGGAAGCGGAAGAGGAAGAGCAAGAGGAAGCGGAACGGCUAUUAUUCCACAGCAGCAAGCGGCGCCGGCAGAGGAGGCGGUGGAGUUGCUGCGGCUUCGCGAUCGUGCAUGUUGUCAUUUCGCUUGCGUUUCUGGGGUUGUUGUUUGGGGCGUGGAGCGCGACACGGCGGCAGAAAUAUGAAGAUGCUGUGCAGCAUGUAGGAGAGGGGGAGGGGGAGGGGGAGGGGGAGGGUGAUAUUGAGGAUGAUUGGGUCGUAGUCGACGAGCAGACACCGCAGCGAUACGUGCCGCAGACGCUGUCGAACGGCACGCAUGACUUCGCGCCGACGACGCUAUUGAUCUCGUUAGAUGGCUUCAGAGCGGACUUCUUGAGACGGAACAUCACGCCCUCCCUCGCCCGGUUGCGCCGGGAAGGCGUGAGCCCGAAAUUCAUGCUGCCUUCUUUCCCCAGCCUGACGUUUCCGAACCACUACACCUUAGUCACAGGCCUGUACCCGGAAAGCCACGGCAUCGUUGGAAAUACUUUCUGGGACCCCACUGUGGAGAAGGAGUUCUUCUAUACCGACCCUGCGAGGAGUCUACAGGCGGAGUGGUGGGAUGGCGCGGAGCCGGUUUGGGCGACGGCGGAGAAGGGGAGUGUGAGGACGGGGGUGCAUAUGUGGCCUGGGAGUGAAGUCGAGGGGAAGGGGGGAGAGGGGUGGGUGAAAGCGGAGUACGUGGAUCAAUAUAAUGGCAAGGAGGCGUUGGGGAAUAAAGUGGGUCGGAUUCUGGGGUGGCUGGAUUUGGGUAUGGAUGAACGACCACAGUUGAUCGCUGCAUACGUCCCCAAUGUUGAUGCGGACGGGCAUUUGUACGGGCCCAACAGUACCUACAUCCGCAGCACGAUCGCGGAGGUCGAUGGGAUGAUGGGGGAGCUUUUGCAGGGGUUGGAGGAGAGGAAUCUAAGCGGGAUAGUGAAUGUGGUUGUUGUGUCUGACCACGGCAUGGCGACUACUUCCGUGCGGAGACUGAUUCAGCUGGAGGAUCUGAUUGAUACGGGGUUGAUUGAGCAUACGGACGGUUGGCCGCUUUAUGGACUUCGCCCUUAUAAUGACUCGCCGGAGAGGCUGCAGGCGCUUUACUUGAGCUUGUUGAAGAAAUCGCAACAAGUGGAGUACAUGGGCAAGUUUGAGGUCUACCUUCGCGAUACCAACAUGCCGGAGCGCUACCACUUCAGCAAGAAUGACCGCAUCGCCCCGCUCUGGCUCGUUCCGACCGCAGGCUGGGCUAUAGUGACGAAAGACGAGUUCGACAUCGCUGCCGCCGCUAGCACCUCUGCUGCUGGAGGAGAAGAGCCCGUCUACCACCCUCGCGGCCUCCACGGCUACGAUCCGGAACACCCACUCAUGCGCGCCAUUUUCGUUGCGCGCGGACCCGCGUUCCCACACGUCCCGGGGUCGGCGAUCCCGGUGUUUCAGAACACGGAGGUGUACAAUAUCGUCUGCGAUUCGGUGGGGAUUGAGCCGGCGGCGAACAAUGGGACGUUACGUCUCCCGCUUCCUACCGAUGGGGUGCAUGAUUUCGUUGGGUUGGAGGGGGAAGAAAUGCCGUAUGAUCCGCAGGAUGAUGAGAGCCUUGCGCUGCCGUAUGUGAGUCCGUCGAUUGCGGAUAUGCCGGACGUUGAGGGUGGGACGGCUACAGUGGCGAAUGAUGGGGAGGCGAUGGAAACGAGGCCGGUGGUGCACGAUGGACUUGAUGAGGGGGAGAAGGGGGCGAUUGAUCGGUGGUUCGAGUGGGUUAGUGGGAGGUUGGACGCUAUUAGAGGGUGGGCUGCGGGGAUGGUUGGUGGGAGUGAUGGAAAUAAUGAUGGUGGUGGGCCCCAGUAGGGCUUGGUGGGACGGACGAGGGAAAAUGGUUAGUCGCUUUGGCGAUGGAACGGUUGCAUGAACGGUUAGACGACUUCGGACUUUAGCGAGAUACCUUACAACGAAUACGACCUAUGUCUAUUCCUCCCAGCA